AUGGAGAUGGAACUUCCAAUUGUCCCACGACGAUCGAUCAGACGCCGUUAUGUCUUCAUUGUCGUUAUUCUAGUUGUUCUUUUCUCAGUUGCGGCGUUUCUUAUAGGUUAUUUCGCAAUGAAGGCUGAAAAAGAUACUGCAAUAUGCCGAACCGCUAAUGGAGCACCCGGCAAGGAAAAAUACCACGAGAUGUUUCAAGGGGAGAUACAGGCGAAAAACAUCGAAGAAAACCUCAGGUUUAUUACUUCCGAGCCUCACAUGGCUGGAUCGCAGCGUCAGCGUGACCUUGCUGAACAUAUCGCAGAAAAUUGGAGGACGUAUGGGUUUGACGCAGUAGAAAUGCCGGAGUACAAAGUGCCACUCUCUCUCCCUCAGGAGAACAAUCCAAACAAAGUAGAAGUUGUUGUGAACGGGACUAUCGCUCAUACAAUUACAGGGAAAAUUAAGGCAAAACCUGAGCCUACUGCAACGAAAGCAUUUGACCAUUUUCCGUAUUUUGCUUACUCACCAAACGGAACUGUUGAGGGUGAACUUGUAUACAUUAAUAAAGGAUCUAAGGCUGACAUCGCUCUUCUCAACCAUAACAAUGUGUCUUUAACAAACAAAAUUGUCAUCGCAAGAGGAAUUCAAGCACAGAUUCACCUGGCGGCCAGACUUGGUGCUGUUGGAGCACUAAUAUUUCCAGACGUGCACUCAUCCAGACCAAAUAAUACCUACCCUUACACAUCAAAGAUCUCUGGUGACGCUGUAUUUGAAAAAACAGUGGCCACAAAUUGGGGUGACUCGCGCACUCCCGAGAUUCCAUCUAUUGACGGGUUGUACCGAGGUGCCAGAAAUAUGACUGCUUUCGGAAUAAUACCUUCACAGCCCAUCUCCUACAACGAUGCUCUGGUAUUGCUGAAACAGCUUCGAG